GCCUCCAGCAUUCAAAGACCUUAGAAAAUCAAUCAUCUUUGACUGAGUUCAUCUUGCUUGGACUGACUGAUGUCUCAGAACUUAAGGUGAUCCUAUUUGUUUGUUUUUUGAUGCUCUACAUACUAACAUUGGUAGGAAAUAUCUCUAUCAUGGUGGUUACCCUCAUGGACAAUA